GUUAUUAUUUAUAACACAUUCAUAGAAACACACGCAUACAUAUACACGCGCACAUAUACAUACAUGAUAGUGCGCCAAUUUGAUAUGUAAAAAAAAAAAAAAUAAUAAUAAUCAUAAGUGAUUUCCAGCAAUAAUAGUAAAUUUUUGCCUUACUAAAAACAAUCUAAGUAGAAAGUGACAAAAUGCCAGAAAUUAAACUCCAACAUAUAGUAUCAUACAGCAGCCAGGACACAAAUCAUCCGGCAGAGAAUCUCCUCAAACCUGAUGGUUUCCACAAAUGGAAAUCAGCAAGUGCUGGGGAAAAAUCAUUAUCAGCCAUAUUACAGUUUGAAAAAGCCUCAAAAAUCCACUCAAUUGAUAUCGGAAAUGAUGGCUCUGCUUUUGUUGAGGUUUUGGUGGGACGAUCCUCAUCUCACAAUGACGAUUUCAAGGUUAUUCUUGUCACAUCAUCGUUUAUGUCUCCAAUGGAAAGCCGGAAUAAUAAAAAUCGAUACAGUGUACGCAUGUUUGGUUCAGAUAAGUUAAGCAAGCCUGCAACUGAAGAGAAGUGGGACCGAGUAAAGAUAAUAUGUACUCAGCCAUUUAACAAGACUACCAAUUAUGGCUUAUCAUUUAUAAAAUUUCAUUCUCCCCCAUCUUCAGAAAACCAGUCAAGUGCUACUGUAAGCACAGUGGACAAGGAAGAGGAUGAUUUAAUUAAUCCAAAGAAAAUUGGUGCCUUCUUUUUCCGCCAAGGUGAGGAGGAUAAAAAAGAUUUAAAAGUUGGAAGCCUCUUUGCUCGACAAAAGGAUAAACCAGAAAGUUCACCUUUAACAGGUGCUGCAGCUAUUCGAGCUGCAUCCAAUCAAGCCCGUUCAACAUAUCUUGAAAUGAAAUCUAGCACCAGUACCAACAGUACUCCAGAGGUGAAAAAGAAACGCAAGCAUAACAUCAGUGAUGAUGAAGACGUUCUGGAGGUGAAGAAGAGCAAGUCAAAGAAUGGAGACAGUCAUCGGAGCCACAUGCCACAAAACGACAGACCAACCCAUCAGAAGGAAGAUUCCAGGAAAGAAAAGAAAUCUAAUUCUUCAUCGAGGGACGAUGUUAAAUCUACUCCUAGUAGUAGUAGUAGUAGUAGUAAUAGCCACAAAAAUAGCCAUCACAAAUCAGAAACCACUACAUCUAAAGCUGCCAUAUCAAAGUCAAACAAACCAUUCAGCAAGAUCAUGGAUAAUGUGGUAUUUGUACUCAGUGGUUUCCAGAACCCAUUCCGUGCUGAUUUACGAGACAAAGCCAGAGAAAUGGGGGCAAAAUAUCGACCAGAUUGGAGCAGUGACUGCACUCAUUUGGUGUGUGCAUUUGCUAAUACACCAAAGUAUAACAUGGUCAAGGGACAAGGCAGAAUAGUUACAAAACAAUGGGUAUUGGAUUGUCACAAACAAAGAACACUCCUACCUUGGAGGAAAUACCAACUGGAAGAUGAAGAAGAGGAGGAUGAAAAGGCAGACAAAGGGCAAGUGAAGGAUGAAGGGAAAAAGCAGAAAAAAGAGAAAGAGAAAAAGGGUGAUGAUGAAGAGGAGGAAGAGGAGGAGCAGCACACCCAGGUGAUCGAUGAAGAGGAAGACUAUUCACAACAGUCGAGAUUGUCAAAGAGUAAAAGUGAUCCUGAAUAUUUACCAUCCAUGGAGGACCGAGAGUCCACUGAUGAAGAAGAAGAAGAAGAAGAAGAAGGUGUAGUAUCUGAAGAAGACACAGACGAUGAAGUCAGAAGGAUCAAAAAUGCUGCAAAUAUACAGUCAGAAUCAUCCAGUUCAUCUGAUGCUGGACCAUCCAGACUCGUUUUCCAUGCAGCAGAUACUUUGGAAAUUAACCGCAAUGUAGACGACGAUGAUGAUGAUGAUGAUAACAAUGAUCAUGACAAAAAUAACAACAGCAGUGAUGAUGAUGACAAUGAUGAUAAUGAUGAUGAUGAUGAUGAUGAUGCUUUCGGUGCUGCUACAGAUGUUGAUGAAGAUAAAAUCAGUGAUUCAGAUUCUGAAUUGCCCAUCUUGCCAGACUUCUUUUCAGACAAACACUUCUUCCUUUAUGGAAACUUCGAUGAAUCAGAACGGCAUAAACUAACUCGAUACAUUAUUGCAUAUAAUGGUGAAGUUGAAGAUUAUAUGAAUGACAAUGUUAACUUUGUUGUAACAUCUGAACAAUGGGAUGAUAACUUUGAUGAGGCUUUAUCAAACUACCCACAACUAACUUUUGUACAUCCAAAAUGGCUGUAUAGCUGUCAUAUGAAGAACAAAUGGGUUCCUUACCAACUUCACAUUGUCACUCCAGCCAGUGAGUAAUGAAUGUAUGGCUCCCACAGACUAACAACUAAAGCUGUUUCUCUCAUCAUUGCUGUUUGGAUGUUUAAAUUGGGGUGGGUGGAACAAUGAAGAGCAGAAACAAAAACAGUUGUACAUAAAACAGUAAUUAUAUAUUUUGCUUGAUAUAUAAGACUUGUUUUCAUUUACAUUAUAUAAAACAUUCUCAUUUGAAUUUAAAAUUUUUUUUCCGUCUCCAUCCUACCUCCACAAAAAAGUUUGCUUUUUUUUCACAUGUUUUCAAUCACUUUACACAUGUUUUCAAUCACUUUACACAUUUAUUGGAUAAAUGUUCCAAUAAACUUUUAUAAAAA